UUUUUUUAGGAAAGUAAGAUGUCCUAUAGUCUGUGAACGCAGCAUUACCCAGGGAAAUCAAACAGAAUCCCGCGACAUUCAACCCGUGUUUGUAGAAUCUCUUUCUGACAUGACAGCAUGGACAGCUGCAGUGACCACACCAGUGACUCAGAUGAGGAGCUGCCUGUGUUUGACUUCCUUCAAUCAAGUCGACACCUCCGCCAAGCCUCUCAGGGGACCCCAGAAAAGCCAGACUUAGUUGACCUGGAAGACUCUGAUGUCGAAAACACUGGCGUUUUUGCUCAAAAGAACGCUGGUGCGCAAGCGCGUAGGGCUGAGAUAAUGAUGAUCAGCAGCGACUCCGACGAGGACUCGCCUUAUGUCCCUCUGGCACAGAGACUUAAACACAGACAGGACAAUGUGGUCAGCGCCUCCUCCUCUGUCCCAAAAGGGGGAGAUUCUGAGCAGCGUUUGCCAUCUCAGCUUGCCAGUUUGCAGGCUUCCCGCCAGACAGGUUUCUCUGAGUCAGAGCGCCCUCGCAGCUUGCAUCAGGUCAGAACGGCGAGCUCGGAGGAGCUGCAGGAUUUCUCCCGGCCUGUUCUCAAACCUCUCUCAGACACCUCUUCUGCCAAGAGCAAACUGACAAAGCGGACAGAGGAGGGGAUCUCGGCCUCUGGGGACGAGGCUCUGAAGAGGAGGCAGGCCAAAGAGAGACAGCAGUGGGACAGGGAGGCACUCAGGAAAGAACAAGAGAGACAGAAAGCAGAGAGAAAAGCUGUGAUGGAGGCUGCCAAAUCUCUGAGGCCAGAGGAGUGUAUCAAACAUAUGGUGGUAGCUGUUGAUCCAGCUCUUUUGCAGCUGGAGGGAGGCGGGACCCUGCUGGCUUCGGUGCAGGCUCUGGGUUGUAGCUGCGCCAUCGAGAAGCAACCUAUUCCACGCAGUGUUAGCUGGAUGAGGAGAGCUCCACGUGCACAGGUGAUAAAAGGCACAUCUCCCCAGUGCCCCAUUUUAGUUAAGCUGGAUGAAGGAGAGUGUGUACCGGAGGCCCAGGUGGUUAUGCAGAUGACAGUGGAGGACUUCAUUACGUUGAUCCACAAUUACAUUCAGAAAGAGAGGCAUGGCAGGUUGGACUGUGGCCCCACGCUGACUUCUUGGGUCCAGGAUCAGCAGAUGCGGCACCCCAGCAAAACCCUCAGCGUGGUGGUCAUUGAGCUAGAGAACUAUUUCAGACUGCAAAAGUCACAGCAGCAGAAGAGGUUGAAGCAGGCCGUCGCGGGCGAGGACACGCAGAGAGGGAAACCGAGGAAGAAAAGGAAGAACGAUGGAGCGGAGGCGCUACCCGAGGUGUCCCGAGUUGAUGUGGAGGAGGCACUGGUCCAUCUCCAGCUUCAUACCCGAGUGUCUGUUCAGUUCUUAUCUAGCUGGAAGGAGUUCUCGGACCGCAUUGCCAUGACAACCAAAGCCGUUGGAGAGGCCCCUUUCAAGCUUGAAAGGGAGAGGACCUGUUUCUCCUUCUACCUGGAAAGCGAGUGGGCGGGCGGCCAGCGGGUAGAUAAAGCGGGGAAGGGCCUGCUGCAAGCGUGGAAAAGGCAGAUUCAACAGUUCAACAGAGUCAGCCCCGACAUGGCCGAGGCUAUCUUGGCAGCUUAUCCCUCGCCGCAGCUGCUCAAGAAGGCGUACAGUCGGUGCAGGUCUGACAAGGAAAAGGUCUCCCUGCUGUCUGACCUUCUGAUCCGCAGAGGAGAGGGUGUCACCUCCACAACUCGCCGCGUCGGUCCGGAGCUUUCAAAGCGGUUUUAUCUCCUGAUGCAUUCCUGUGAUCCAGAGCUUGUGCUGGAUUCCAGUGUCUGAAUUUUAAUCCUGACUUCAUUGCUUUGAUGUUUUAAAAGUUCAAAACUUUGAAGUUCAGACCUCGUUAUUAGCCACUGGUUAAUAUAUUCUACUUAUUUUUUUAUCCUGUUAAUGUCAUGCAUUCAAGUUUUAUGAAUGUACCAGUUUUGAAGGACCAGUCUUUCUUAUGUCUCCUCUAAUAAACAGUCAUUAAGUCAAGAUCACAAUUUAAUAGAUGAAGCAAAGGCCUUUUGUAUCUGUUAUGCAUAAUUAUUUUGUUGUUCAUCAUGCUAUUCUCAGAAAUGAAAUGCCUUUUGGGGGAUAUACACCCUCAAAAUCAAAUAAUAUUGUGUGGACACACUCAGGAGAAUACAAAAAUAUACAGUAUAAUUAAGAUUUUUUGCAUUUUUGAAAAAAAUAACAAUAAAAAAAAAAACUUCCAACCUGCCCAUCAUAGUAACCCCAUAACAGUAGCUACGGAAUUUUGGAAUACAUCAACACAGAUAAAGUGUC